UUACGAUGUCGACUUGUUAAUAUAAAUGUAAAUGACAUAAAAUAAGAAGUCGACUUGUUUAUUAAUUAAGUCAACUUGCUUAUUUGAUGUUAACUUUAUUUGUUCUCACGGUCAGAUUCCCACGGUCCGUAUUUUACUUCCUGUGCUGACACAUUAAAGAUGGAGAUCGACAGCAACAACAUCAGCGGGAGCAGUGGAAACGAGUCAUAACUGCUUGGUCACCUGCCCGUCUAAUAAAUGGUCAAAGACUAUGGAAGCAAGCAAUAUUUUAAAGUUACUCUGUUGUCUCCUUUGUGUUGCUGAUCAUGACGUUACAGGAAUACCUUACCCAGGCGAUGAUGCUUCUGUGCCUGAACUAGUCCAAUACUAUCAUCAAUUAUGCUACACGUCCCUUCAAAUAUGUGGAUUUCUUUUGUUUGUUCACGGAACAUUCAUGAGUUGUUCCAUGUUAAAAAGACUUAAGAGAAGAUUAAAUAUCAGACGGCGUAACAACCAGUCGCCAUUACCUACAGUUGUAAGGACAAUCCUGGCUUUACACCGUAAUGGCCUGUCUAAUGUUGGAUACAGGUAUAUGUGGAGGACUCUGAACAUAGGCUUUGGACUUGGCGUCACACAAUCAAGAGCAAGGCUUUGCUUAAGAACAAUAGACCAACAGGGUGUACUCAACAGAUCGCGUCGAGUUCUUCGAAGGAGAGUGUACUACAAUAGAGGACCAAACUAUCUGAUUCAUGUCGAUGGUUACGAUAAAUUAAAACCCUACGGCAUAGCUAUACAUGGGGCAAUCGAUGGAUACUCUCGUAAACUUUUAUGGUUGAUAACAAUAACCCCAGAUAUGUCGGUUACUGGUAUCUUAAUUGGAUCAAACAAAGAAAGAUGCUUCCAAGGGUUGUUCGAUCGGAUGCAGGAACAGAAAACGUCAUAA